GAAAUCGCGAGGGAAGAGAGAGAAGAUAGAAAGAGAAAGGAAAGAAAAGAGGGCAUGAGGUCAUGGCGACCUUGUCGAGCCUGGUGCACGACCUCCGAGAACGCAUUGCGGCUUCCUCAUCCACUCCUACUUCUAAUGCCGACGAUCACGCUCUCGAGACCAGAUUCCGAGCCGUCCUUCCCAAUCUCCUCCACGCCUAUGUCGUUCCCUCCCCCUCUGCCAAUGAGAGAGAAGUGAUAGCUGUGUUGAAGCUCAUUUCUCACAUUGCAAAGAAUUUUCCUGGGGUCUUUUACCAUGGGAAGGCCAGCGCUAUUUUACCCAUCGUUGGCCGGAUAUUGCCUUUCUUUGCGGAACCCAUGUUUCGUUCUCAGCACAGUGUAAUUCUUGAAACUGUCGGAUCACUUUUGUCUUUGCUCCGCACCGGAACACGAGACGCCUACCGUUUGUUUUUUGCUGAUGCCAUGCUAGUUGUUGAAGAUCUUUUCUAUGUGGCAUCGGGCUGUACUGCCUGUGCAAGCACUGCUGAACACACUAAAUUAACUUUAAGGUGUUUCUGUAAGUCGUUUAAUGGGGUUUUCAAUGAUCCCACUCAUAUUGGCGAUCUCCCAGUGGGUAACAAACCAGCAGAUGGCAUUGGAAUUUUGAUUAAUCUUACAGGAAAAGCAAGGUGGCAACCUUUUGCUACUUGGAUGAUUAGGCUUCUUGCUAAGUGUCUAACGGAAGGAAUCUGUGUGGAAGGACUAAUUAAUGUACCAUUUGUCAUUUCUGCAUGUUCUCUCUUAUGCUAUGGGGAUGCAGAUUUGCAGAUGGCAUGUUUUGACUUUGCAAGCAUCAUUGCAUCAGCGGUAAAUUUUGACAUUGUUCCACAUCAGAAUAUGAUCCUGUCGAUAUCCACUAUAUUAACUGAGGACAAAGAGGGGCUUCCUGUAUUUAGAAACAUAGUUUAUGAUUCGUCGUUGGGUGGUUGCUUAAAAGCAUUACACUCUGGUUGCUCUGAUGUUGUUGUCAAGCUAACAGCUGCUGAUUUGGUAAAUGUGUUUCCUCAAUCCAUGAGGAGAACCAAAAGCGUGGAGCUUAAGGUCGCAUUAUGCAGUGCAUAUGUUCGAAUUGCAAAAAGUUGUUCUCCUCAUAUAUGGAGACCACAAUUGCUUAUUUAUGUUCUUUCUGUUCCAGAGCCCUGCUUCCCACUGAUAGAUUGUUUUCAAGUAGCUAUUUCUGUACUUGGUCCUGAUCGUGUUGGAGGGAAAAUGACAACUUGUAAAAAUGUAGAGUUGUUAAUGGUGGGUGAUGGGUCAGUUGGAAAUUCAAGGGUCGGGGAAAAGAGACCUCUUCAGGAUGUGGAGGCUUGCGAGAGCAAACGACAAAAGGUAGACGUGGGAACCAUGGCUUCUGACGCUGGUGACCAGAUGGAGCAAAUGUAUAGUCAUGUAGUUGCUUGUGAAAGCGAAGAAGACUAUGCAAAUUAUAUGCAUACAUCACUUCUUUCUCUUGUUGAAAUUUUAAAAUCUCCUGCCGUCAGUCCUGAUUCUUUAAGACCAGAUAUUGCAUUAACAGCUCUUAGCACGCUUUGCAUUGCCUUCUGUAGAUAUCCAGAGACCAAUAUGGCAUCUAGAAUCUUUCAGCAGAUGUAUUCAUGGAUACCUUGGAUAUUGGAACAGGCAAAACUAGAAAGCCCAAUCAGACUUGAUUUUUCUAUCUUUCUUGAAGGAAUACACAGCAUAUUGCUUUUGCACAGUCCGCUGAUGACGGAGAGUAAGAUGUUAAAAAAUAAGGAUGAUAAGGAGCUCAUGUAUGUACUAUUAAAGCUUCCAUGGACCCAUUCUAUUAUAGGUAGCGAACCUAAACUUCUGAGGAAAACAAAAUGCAUCUCUGUUCAAGUUGCAAGUAAGCUUUCUGACAGUAGAAGUGAACCUGAUCUGGAAGUCUUGGAUUUGGGCCUUCAUGAUGAAGAUGAAGAAGUUAGAUCUGAAGCAAUAAUUUCAAUGCCAAUGAUCGUCAUGUGGUCUGGUCUUAGAAUAUUAUCUCGUUUAUUAAGAAGGAUGGAAUUCUUGGAAGGAGAGAAACACGAAAAGGUUAAGAAUGCUAUACCAUUUUCUCUUGGUUAUUUGUCGUGCCUUUCUGGAUCUUGUAAUGCUGGGGAUGAUGUAGAAAAAAAUGAAUGCAAAUUGUUUUGGAACGUAAAAAUUUGGAAAGCUGAUCAAACAGCUGAUUAUUUGCUGCGGGGAUUUUGGUGUUCAAAGUGUGACAGAAGUAAUCAAUGCAACAGUGAGCUGUGUUCAAAAGUUGUAAGUGGGCAUGAUACUCCCAGCAGGCAAAUCGUUAUGGAUUCUGAUUUCAUCCUUCUACGGACUCUGUUUUUCAAACUUCUCUAUAAUGAGUCACCCGAAGAGGUCCAAGUUUCUUGUGUGCAAAACAUUCGAAGGAUUCUAGUACAUGAAACCACUAACAAUCUGAUUGAACGGGGUACUGAAUGGAUUGGAUGUGUUAAAUUUUUACUUCUUAAUAGAAAGAAGGCAGUAAGAGAAGCAUUCUGUGGGCAGAUUAGUUCAUUCCUGGACGAUUCUGUUUUGAGUUGGUUAUUUAGUGAUGAGGACACACCAAAUAAAAGUAAAGAACAAAAGUUUAUGGAUAUCAUCAAACAUGCUUUUGCAGCUGCUGAAGAUCCACAAAUAUUUGAGACUCUUUUAGAAUCUACUGCAGAAAUUAUGAUUGGAGUUGAUAUUUAUAAUCAGGUUUUCUUAUUUUCUCUUAUCUUAUUGGUCGAUCAGCUUGAUAAUUUGCAUGUGACAGUGAGAACAAAUGCUUCAAGGCUAAUACACAAAUCUUGCUACUUUCAUCUUAGAGGAGGCUUUGAAUUAAUCCUUUCAAAAGUUGUUCAUGUUCGAAAUGAACUAUUUGAUUAUUUGUCGGCAAGGCUCUCUAGCCGUCCAUUAAUGAUCAGAGAGUUUGCAGAAGCAGUUCUUGGUGUUGAAACUGAAGAACUUGCCAAGAAAAUGAUUCCUGUUAUCCUCCCGAAGCUUGUUGUGUCUCAGCAGGACAACGAGCAAGCAGUUGAUACGUUAUAUGAGUUAGCCAAGUGUUUGGACACUGAUGUGGUGCCUCUGACAGUUACUUGGCUGCCAAAAGUGCUAGCUUUUUCUCUUCACCGACCAGAUGGCCAAGAUUUACUCUCUGCCUUACAAUUUUAUCAAGCUCAGACUGGUUCUGACAAGCAAGAAAUCUUUGCAGCUGCUUUACCUGCGCUUUUGGAUGAACUUGUAUGUUUUUUGGAUGGAACUGAUUCAGAUGAAAUAAGAACAAGGCUAGCAAGAGUACCGGAGAUGAUAAAAGAAGUUGCUAGGAUUCUAACUGGUGGUGAAGAUCUCCCAAGCUUUUUGAGGAAUCACUUUGUUGGCCUUCUCAACAGUAUAGAUAGAAAGAUGCUCCACUCAGAGGAUUAUUCACUGCAGAAGCAAGCUUUAAAACGCAUUGAGAUGCUGAUUAAGAUGAUGGGCUCUCAACUUAGUACUUAUGUGCCAAAACUGAUGGUUCUCCUCAUGCAUGCUAUUAAUAAAGAACCACUCCAAAGUGAGGGGCUUAGCUUAUUGCAUUUUUUCAUUAAGCAAUUGGGGGAAGUAUCGCCAUCUAGUACAAAAUAUGUAGUUUCCCAAGUUUUCGCUGCUCUCAUUCCCUUCUUAGAGAGAGACAAAGAAAAUCCUUCAACCCAUCUAGAGAAAGUGGGAAAAAUAUUGGAAGACCUUGUGCUGAACAACAAACUUAUUCUCAAGCAAUAUAUCUGCGAGUUCCCACCAUUGCCCAGCAUUCCAGCUUUAUCAGAAGUCAAUAAAACUAUACAAGAAGCUCGUGGGUCAAUGACACUGAAUGAUCAAUUACGAGAUCUUGUUGAUGGUCUGAAUCAUGAGAACCUAAAUGUGAGAUAUAUGGUAGUGUGUGAGUUGAGCAAGUUACUAAAUCUGAGAAGAGAAGAGGUUACAGGUUUGAUAACUGCUGAAGGUUCCAGAAAUAUGGAUAUUUUAAGCUCUUUGAUCACGUCCCUAUUAAGAGGAUGUGCAGAAGAAUCAAGAACUACAGUUGGACAACGUUUGAAGUUGGUUUGUGCUGAUUGUCUUGGAUCACUCGGUGCGGUUGACCCUGCAAAGGUGAAAGGCUUCUCAUGCCAACGGUUCAAAAUUGCGUGCUCUGAUGAUGACCUCACCUAUGAGUUAAUACAUAAGCAUCUUGCCAGGGCUUUUAGAUCUGCGCCUGACACUAUUAUUCAGGACUCAGCUGCAUUAGCGAUACAGGAGCUGCUAAAGAUUGCAGGUUGUGAGGCUUCAAUGGAUGAGAAUGCUGCUGCUUCUAUCUCAGAAUCACUGAAAGAUAGACCUACAAAGCUUGCUGCAUCAGGGAGUAAGAGCAUGGAUAGUAACAUUGAAAUAAAGAGGGGUCAGUUAUUGUGGGACCGAUUCUCUAAUUAUGUCAAAGAGAUAAUAGCCCCUUGCCUAACUUCUAGAUUUCAACUACCAAAUGUUGCUGAUUCUGCGUCUAUUGGCCCAAUUUACCGGCCAUCCAUGUCAUUCAGAAGGUGGAUAUUCUUUUGGAUAAAAAAGCUGAUGGCACAUGCGACAGGUUCUCGUGCAAGGAUUUUUAAUGCAUGUCGAGGUAUAGUGCGUCAUGACAUGCAGACAGCAGUAUAUCUGCUGCCAUAUUUAGUUCUUAAUGCCGUCUGCCAUGGAACUGAGGAGGCACGGAGUGGCAUAGCAGAAGAAAUUCUAUCUGUUCUUGCUGCUGCAGUAUCGGAGAACAGUGGAGCUACUGUUCAUGUAAAUGGUGGGCAAAGUGAAGUUUGCAUUCAAGCUGUGUUCACUCUACUUGAUAAUCUUGGGCAAUGGGUUGAUGAUGUUGAACAAGAUCUGGCUCUUUAUCAGUCUGUCCGAUCAUCAUCUUCUAAGCAACAAGCAUCAAAGCCAAAGGAUAAACCUCAAAAUUCUGUAAUCGAUCACGAACAACUCAUUACACACAGUAAAUAUGUUUCAGAGCUUUUGUGCGCAAUCCCAAAGGUAACCCUUGCCCGGGCUUCCUUCAGAUGCCAAGCUUAUGCAAGGUCUUUAAUGUACUUCGAAUCAUAUGUGAGGGAAAAAUCAGGUUCUUUCAACCCCGCAGCUGAGAGAAGUGGCAUUUUUGAGGAUGAAGAUGUUUCGUACCUAAUGGAAAUAUAUAGCCGUUUGGAUGAGCCUGAUGGUCUAUCUGGGUUGGCAUCUUUGCGUAAAUCAAUGAAACUACAAGACCAAAUUUUAAUAAACAAAAAAGCAGGAAACUGGGGAGAGGUUCUAACUUCUUGUGAACAAGCUUUGCACAUGGAGCCCACUUCAGUACAGAGGCAUUCAGAUGUUCUCAACUGUUUACUCAAUAUGUGCCACCUUCAAGCUAUGGUUACUCACGUUGAUGGUUUAAUUUCUAGAAUUCCCCAGUACAAAAAAACGUGGUGCAUGCAAGGUGUUCAGGCAGCAUGGAGACUUGGCAGGUGGGACUUGAUGGAUGAGUACCUUAAUGGAGCUAAUGAAGAAGGUUUACUCUAUAGCAGCUCUGAGAGUAAUGCCUUAUUUGACUUGGAUGUUGCAAAGAUUCUCCAAGCAAUGCUGAAGAAGGAUCAGUUUUCAGUUGCUGAAAAAAUUGCCCUGUCUAAGCGAGCUCUGAUUGCUUCUCUGGCAGCUGCGGGAAUGGAUUCGUACAUGCGGGCUUACCCAUUUGUUUUGAAACUUCACUUGCUACGAGAGCUGGAGGACUUUCAUGCUCUUCUUGCUAAUGAAUCUUUCUUGGAAAAAUCAUUUCAGGUGGGUGAUCUGGGAUUCUCGAAAGUGAUGGAGAACUGGGAAAGCCGCCUUCGGUUUACGCAGCCAUCAUUGUGGGCAAGGGAGUCUCUCUUGGCUUUCCGUAGAAUGGUUUUUGGUGCAAGUGGUCUUUGGGCUCAAGUUGGUAAUUGCUGGCUUCAGUAUGCAAAGCUCUGUCGCAUGGCUGGUCAUUAUGAGACAGCUAACCGAGCAAUCCUAGAAGCCCAAGCUUCUGGUGCACCUAAUGUCCACAUGGAGAAGGCCAAGCUUUUGUGGAGCACCAGGAGAUCAGAUGGAGCCAUUGCAGAGUUGCAACAGUCGCUUCUGAACAUGCCUGUGGAGGCCGUAGGAUCUGCAGCAGUAUCAUCUAUUAGUAGUCUUUCACUGGUACCUCUGAACGCACAACCUUUAGUAUGUGACACUCAAAGUUUGAAUGAGAAUCGGGAUAUUGCAAAAAUCCUUCUCCUUUAUGCUAGGUGGAUCCACUACACUGGGCAAAAGCAGAAAGAAGAUGUAAUAAGUAUUUAUUCCAGGGUGAGGGAACUGCAGCCCAAAUGGGAGAAAGGUUUCUUUUACAUGGCCAAGUAUUGUGAUGAAGUUCUUGCUGAUGCUAGGAAACGCCAGGAAGAAAAUUCUGAAUCCGGUCCCAGGACGAUACCUUCAACUGAGAAGCGUUGGUGGAAUUAUGUGCCUGAUGUACUGUUAUUCUAUGCCAAGGGGCUUCACAGGGGUCACAAAAAUCUCUUCCAAGCACUUCCAAGGUUGCUAACCCUAUGGUUUGACUAUGGGAGUUUUUAUCAAAGAAGUGGUGGGUCGUCCAAUAAAGAUCUGAAAGGUGUUCAGAUGAAGGUAAUGAGUAUUAUGAGAGGCUGUUUGAAGGAUUUGCCAACAUAUCAGUGGUUAACUGUACUGCCACAGUUGGUUUCUAGAAUUUGCCACCAGAAUGAGGAAGUUGUUCGAUUGGUGAAACACAUCAUCACCUCAGUUCUUCGAGAGUACCCGCAACAAGCCCUAUGGAUUAUGGCAGCAGUUUCGAAGUCCACUGUUCCUUCUAGGAGGGAGGCAGCUGCAGAAAUUAUACAAGCUGCACGAAAAGGGUUCAGCCAGGGAAAUGGUGGCAACAAUUUGUUUAUUCAGUUUGCUAGCCUGGUAGAUCAUUUGAUUAAGUUAUGCUUUCACGCCAGUCAAUCAAAAGGAAAGACAAUUAAUAUCGCAAGUGAAUUUAGCGCCUUAAAGAGGAUGAUGCCACUGGGAAUUAUCAUGCCAAUUCAACAGUCUCUUACAGUUAAUCUGCCAACUUUGGAUAGGAAUCUGAAUGACUCACUAACCUCUGAUAUCUUUUCUCUGACUGAUCUUCCUACAAUAUCAGGAAUAGCUGAUGAGGCUGAGGUUCUUUCAUCUCUUCAGCGACCUAAGAAAAUUAUACUACUGGGCAGUGAUGGCAUGGAACACCCAUUCCUCUGCAAACCCAAGGAUGAUCUAAGGAAAGAUGCACGUAUGAUGGAGUUUACUGCAAUGAUAAACCGUUUACUGUCAAAAUACCCAGAAAGCCGUCGGAGGAAGCUUUACAUUCGCACCUUUUCUGUGAUACCUUUGACAGAGGACUGUGGCAUGGUAGAAUGGGUGCCUCAUACUCGUGGACUUAGGCAUAUACUCCAAGACAUAUAUGUUACCUGUGGAAAAUUUGAUAGGCAGAAGACAAAUCCUCAGAUUAAACGGAUAUAUGAUCAAUGCCUUGGUAAAAUGCCAGAAGAUGAGAUGCUGAAGAGCAAAAUUCUUCCGAUGUUUCCUCCAAUUUUUCAUAGAUGGUUUUUGACCACUUUUUCUGAGCCAGCUGCUUGGUUUAGGGCACGAACUGCUUAUGCUCAUACUACUGCUGUGUGGUCAAUGGUUGGGCACAUUGUUGGACUUGGGGACAGGCAUGGUGAAAACAUUCUUUUCGAUUCUACUACAGGUGACUGUGUUCAUGUUGAUUUCAGUUGUCUAUUCGACAAGGGCUUACAGUUGGAGAAGCCUGAGCUGGUUCCUUUCAGGCUGACUCAGAACAUGAUUGAUGGCUUGGGAAUCACUGGUUAUGAAGGAAUCUUCUUGAGGGUCUGUGAAAUUACACUCUCAGUUCUGAGGAUGCAUAGGGAAACUUUAAUGAGCGUUCUUGAAACUUUCAUUCAUGAUCCUCUGGUGGAAUGGACAAAAUCUCAAAGGUCCAGUGGGGUAGAAGUUCAGAAUCCACAUGCGCAGAGAGCCAUCAGCAACAUCGAAGCAAGGUUGCAAGGAGUUGUAGUUGGGGUUGGUGCAGCUCCUUCUUUGCCUCUGGCUGUUGAAGGUCAGGCCCGACGUUUAAUUACUGAAGCAAUCUCACACAAAAAUCUUGGCAAGAUGUAUAUUUGGUGGAUGCCAUGGUUUUGAAAGUCGAAGGAGUUUGAAGGGUCAUCCUAAGUUGAGUCUAAGCAGCAUCGUAUUUACCUCCAGCAACUGUCCAGCCUCAUCAACUUUGUCUGUACGAUGGACUUCUUUUUUAGGAGCUUGCCUACUCGCUGUGGAAAUGAAGGAGUACAUGGUGGAAGAUUGAGACAUGACAUGCCUGAUGACACCUUCCUCAAAUUGGG